UUAUGGAACUCGUUCUUAAAGAAUGCAUAGAUCAAAAAGAAAAGUAAAAGGCCCGUCUGGCAUUCACUGUGGUCAAGUACGGGGAUCAAUAUGUUGUUCGGUCGAAUGAGACCUCCAACAUCACAGUUGGUGGAACUUCAUGUUUUUUAUGUCCCGGAAGAAGUGUGGAACUUCAAGCUGAAUACAGUUUCUGCAGCUCUUUCUAAUAAAUUCAUCUCAGCUGGAUUUAUAAGGGUGUCUCCUCACAUCACACUAAGAGUGCUGCGGGAGAAGCUUGGAGAGUACCUGGGUGGAGCUGCAGUUGCAGAUAAAUUUAUAUUUUUAAAAUGCAUUGGGAAAAAACUAGCAGUGGUGAAAGCAAAGCAAGAAGCAGAACUAGAACUGAAGUCAUUUGCUCCUCCUUAUGCACUUUAUCCUGAAUUAUAUUUAUUACCUGGAGUGGAAUACUUUGAAGAUGUUUAUCCAUUAUCAUCAUCACAUCAAGAAAGACAUCACUUUAAUGCAGAAGCUAAUAGGUUUAGUCAUGGAUCAAGAUUAUCCAGUCAUCCCCGGGCAAAAAAUGAGAAAAGUAAACAAUUUUUAGAAAGCAGACAAAGCAGUCAUCUGCUAGAAAAUCAGGAAGUGCACAGUUCUGUGGAAUGGGCUGAGAAACAGUCUGUUCUGGUUUUUCACGCAAAUCAUGAGCAAGGCCAGAACAGCAGAAUUCAAGAAAAACCAGUUCAGUUUAGAGAGAAAGCUCAAAAUGGAUCCAGUGGAGCUCUCUUUGUGCCAAGUAAUUCAAAUACUGCAGAUGGGGAAUCUCAGAAGAACUGUAUGUUAUUACAGAACCCUCAGCAAAACCAUCCUAGACAGGAUCAAAAAGAGCAUAAUGCUCCUGAAUGGAAUGACAAAGCCAAAGGAACUGCUCUUACUCUUCAUGUAAAUCACAGUGAUGAACAAGGCCGGAAUAACCCAACCCCUACAAAUUACAUUAAAUAUCAAAAGGAACUAAACCCCAAAUUGCUAGUCACCAACAUGGAAAAUAACAACCAUCAAGAAGAUACCAAUCUAAGAAGGAAUAGAACACGGGAUUCUGGAAUCCCUAAAAUGUGGGAAGACCAAACCAUAGAACAUCAUAUACAUAGUAACCAAAGCUUGCAACAGUACAGAGUUGUCAGGUCUGUAGCUGAUCGUGGUGAAAAACAGGAUAAUCAGGCAGAUGAGAACAACCAAAAUCAUCUUACAUGUCCAAAAGACUAUCUCUCUCCUCCUAGCCCACCUUUUCUGGCACUUUCUGUGAAUCCAACUCAAGUUCCUGCAAGUCAGGCAGAAAAAAACAAGAUGGCAGAACAACUGCAGCAGAUGAAGAAAGACAGAAGGUGCAUGGAAAGAACUAGAGAAGACCUGAUCAAAAAAGCCAAAGGGCUACUGGAACAAAAUAAGCUGAGGAGAUACCAUGUUCGUGAGGAAUGGAAAAAAAAGUACUUCGAAACAAAGAAAGCUACAAUUUCACUGGAGGACAUUUUAAACAAACUACGACAAGAUUUAGAGUUUUACUACCAGAAAUUACUUCUGCAGCUGGAAGCCAGAGAUACCCGAAAACGACCAAAUAAUACAACAAAUUCCAAGAAUAAUACAGUCAUCCAGAUUAUUACACUACAGCACGAUAUUGAUCAACUGAGGAGGCAGCUGGAUGACACAAAAAUGAAACUCGUAAUAGAAAUUAAGAUGAGAAAACAGGCAGCAUCUGAUUUACGAGCACUGAGAGCAGAGCUGACACAGAAGAAGAUUCAUUCAGCUUUCAUUCUCCAGUCUGGAAAAUCAGGAAUUUAAGGGGAUGACAUAACUUUGCACCUGUAAGCUCUGCUGAAGCUCUGUAGUGUAUGUAGCAGCUCAGAAUUUCAAAGCCAUUUGUUUUUAUAUUCUUAAAGUUCUGUUGUAAAAAGAAAUCAAAUAUGUAAAUGUUGUGAAAUUUGUAUACCAAGAUACUGGGUACUACAACUCCCUUCUUUUUAAAUCUCACUCUUAUUGUAACACUACUCAGCUAUGUAACCAUGCAGUUUAACAUAGUAAGGUGCCUAAAACAAAACCAAAUUAUUUUAAAUGUGCAAAUUAAUGAAUUUUGUAAUAUCAUCUUAUGAGUAUGUUGAUAGUCUUUUGUAAACAAAAUACCUGCUAAGCAAGUAUUCCUAUAAGCAAAAGUCUCCUAUUCUGAUUUUGGGGCAUACAUGCUUAAAUCUUGAAUAAAAUAUAUUUUCUGUAGGAUUACAACAACAGUAAUUUUUAUUUAGCUAUUGAUUGACUAAUAUUUUUCUGUCACUACAAGUAUGCCUAUUUGUAUAUUAUCAAUGUGUUGUGCAGUAUGAACAAAAUCCCAGAUAGUCUUCUUUCUUAUCUAGCAGUUUUUGUUCCUUUUAUAGGAAAGCUGCAUGGAGAAUGGUCAAUUCUAUAACUGGUGGAUGAUGCAAGCUUUCUCUUGGACAACUGUAAUGAUCUUGAUCCAAUUUAAUUACAGCAGUGUGUACUAUUUUCCUUCAAGUUCAUACAUGUACUUUAAGAACAUUACUCUGAAAGACUAAUCAGAAACCUCUUCUUGCUAGUCAUUUUUUCCAGCCGUCCUCUUUGCUUCCUUGCAGUUCAAUGUAAUAUUAUUACAUUAAGCAGAACAAUAACAUGCUAGAAGUUAAUGUCAGCUAAAAAGCUGACAGAGGUUUGUUUAUUACUGCAAGUGAAACAUAAUAGGAAAUCAGUAAUAGGAUAAGAAAGUUACGCAACUCUCAAAAGGAGGAACUUGCCAUGUUUUGAGCCAAGCCACCCUUUUUGCAAUUUAAAGAAAAGAUUUAACAAAAAGCUUUAAGUAUUAAAGUAUUAAAACAACAAGCACAUUUGCGCAAUUCAAGAUUGAAUUCAAAAACAACAGGCAGUUCUUCAUGUUCUUGUUUCUAUGUAUGAAAAAACAGCUUCCGCCAUUUCAGUUCUGCUUCUUGAAGUAGGCAACUAGUUACAGCAACCAGUAUUACUAGUUUAGUUAUGCUGCUGAUGAUAAACUAAAAAGUGUAAGAGCAAUCUUAAAGCAAAGGAUUAGGAAAUUCUGCCAAGUUUAAAUAAAUGAAAUCCACAGUAGUUCCAGUUUUGUGUGAUAUAACUCUGUCACUACAACUUAGAUUGUCCUGUAUGCGUUUAGAAAUGCACAGAAUCCUGCUAGAGCUCCCCGGGGGCUGAAAACUUAGAACUUACGGUUCUACAACAUCAUCCUGUCUCAGUUGUGAGAACAUGACAGGACAAAAACAGACCAAUGCACCUUCAGAAGUUUUCUCUGUCCUCACCUGCACCAGCAUUCUCCAGUGCUGCUGCUACUUUUUAAACAGAAAAGAAAAAAAAAAUCAAUCAAGGUAUGGAUAUAGAAUUUUGACAUGGGCUAUGAGCUAGAAACCACAAAUCGAGGCUGGUUUUUGAUUUAGAGCAGGCAAGUCUACUGGAAAAUCUGACCUCUUCCACCCUACCCUGCAAAAAAUCAACUCAUGAUCUUUGACUGCUACAGGAAGGAGAGUUUUGUAAUAGUCGUCUUGCUUUCAGUCAGCAUUUCGUAGUUGUGUUCUUGUACUUCAGAGAACCUCUUAAUUUUAUCACAAAUAUCUCAUAUUAUUGUAGCAUAGGAACAUAAAUGAUUACCAUAAAAUACUUACUUAAGAAUUUAUAUGUCAAUAAAUUAAU